GGCUGUGCGGCGGCAGCAUGGAGGUCCUGCCCUGCUCCCGGGUGGCUCACAUUGAGCGCAAGAAGAAGCCCUACAACAACAACAUUGGUUUCUACACCAAGCGCAAUGCCCUGCGGGUGGCCGAGGUGUGGAUGGACGACUACAAAUCACAUGUCUACAUCGCAUGGAACCUGCCGCUGGAGAAUCCAGGUAUUGACAUUGGGGAUGUUUCUGAGAGAAAAGCAUUAAGGAAGAGCUUGAAGUGUAAAAAUUUCCAGUGGUACCUGGACCACGUUUAUCCAGAAAUGAGAAGAUACAACAACACCGUCGCCUAUGGAGAGCUUCGAAACAACAAGGCAAAAGAUGUCUGCCUUGACCAGGGCCCGCAGGAGAACCACACAGCAAUAUUGUACCCGUGCCAUGGCUGGGGACCACAGCUUGCACGCUACACCAAGGAGGGAUUCCUUCAUCUCGGCGCCCUUGGGACCACAACUCUUCUACCUGAUACCCGCUGCCUGGUGGAUAAUGUGAAAAGCCGCUUCCCUCAGCUCCUCGAUUGUGAAAAGGUCAAGAGCAGCCUCCAUAAGCGCUGGAAUUUCAUACAGAAUGGCGCCAUCCUGAACAAGGGAACGGGACGAUGCUUGGAAGUGGAGAACAGGGGAAUAGCUGGCAUUGAUCUGAUUCUUCGCAGCUGCACAGGACAAAGGUGGACGAUUAAAAAUUUCAUCAAGUAAAGGGUGGAAGAGUCAGAGGAGAAUAACUUGAAACACAGGUGACUUGGACUGAUCUGACUGGACUCCUUUGGAAAGGACGAAAUACCAAAACAGAGCUUUAUUCAUGUUAUUAGGAGAGGACAUGGGGGAAAUGGGCAUUUGUGUCUUUUUAUUUUUAUUGUAUAUUAGUCUCCCACAGCUGAUUCCAACUGUGUGAAAUUGGGUCAGAACUGCUAUUUUCUUUUGGCAAGCACUCUAAAAGGUACCACUUAUUUCUGCUGGAAUGACUGUAAUAAGCUCAUGCAGUCUUGUGAGCAUUUUACUGACAGGGAAUUGUUGUUUUCCCAGACAACCUCAAGCUCUCCCAAAGGGCCAGGUAGGUUUGCACCGCGAU